CAGCGCCUGUCGCUGCGGGGGGUGCAAGUGGCUAUUGUGACGUCGCUCGUAGCAACAAGGUCAGUGUUGGAGUUGCGCGCCCGGGUGCAUUUCCCAUCGAGAUUUAUCACCCGAGGAGACGCACCGUAAUGGGCUAUCGGCGGGGGAGAAUCUGGAAGUCGGAAGAGAAUCUGGAAAUCGGUGAAUUGAGCCGAAUCUGGAAGUCCGUGGAUUGAGUUGAAACAACUCUGGGUUUCUUUUCUUUUUUUUAAAGAUCUUUUGCUCUAAUUGUCAUGAUGACCGACUUGCUGUCCGUGGUGUCGGAGGCGGAGAGGAAGUCCUUUCCAACCCUCUCUCAGCUCUCAGAAAACGACAUUGACAGCAUUUGGUCGAACGUGUCAUCUUUCGUGGAGCGACAGAUGACCUUGCAAAAGGGGGUCUACAUCGCAGGCCUGGGAGCCUUCACCUUCUCUCAGCAGAAGCUGGACGUCGGCAACAAGUUUGUUUUGAUCCAGCGCCCCAUCUUCCUGCUCUCUGAGAAGCUGUCCCAGUCACACGGCCUCAAGCAGGUCAAACCGCUGUCUGCAGCAGGGGACGUGCCACUGGUCCAGCUCAACUUCACAGUUCUGUCUGUGGAGAGCCCGUUUGAGCGUCACGUGGUGGAGGGCUGUGUGAGAGAGACUCUGCUGGUGUUGCUGAGAGCCGUGGCCGCCGGACGCUCAGUCAUCUUCACCUUCCACGCCAUCGGAGAGCUGUUGUUCUGCCAGAGCAAAGUCAAGAUGAAGUUCUACCACGACUUUGUCACCGCUCUGGACGGCAGCGGGAAGCUGCUCUUGGCGCUCUCCAAUAGACCUGGCACCAGCAACUCUGUCCUGUUUGGGAGAUCCAGCAUACCAGGGACCAGCAACACCAUCAACCUCCCCAGGAUCUCUUCCCAACAGCGGGGGAAGGACUGGGGAGAGGAGGCCCUGGCCCAGGUCCAGAUAGACUCAGACAGGAAGGAGAAGAAUAGAGAAUCCCUGGUGACUCCGCGGUCCAGAACCAGACACACCCUGCACCCAGCCAAGGUCAACGGGAUCAGUCUCACUGAUGACCUGGAGCCCAGACCUCCAGCAGAGACCAACACUGACAGGUCCACAGUGUCUAUCCUACCACUGGAAGGCGCUGCUCUGAAGGAGGGGAAGUUGAAGAGGGUGGACUCUCACCUGGACAUGCCCUGUGUCAACCACAACAGGGCUGGGCAGGAGUUGUGUUACCUGUGCAUGCAGCGGGCCCAGCGUAACAUCCCCCACUACCUGGCAGAGGAGAGGCUGAUGGAACAGCAGGAGGAGGAGAGGGUGUUACUGUUCAACGAGCAGCGCAGAGACCAGGACUACCUACAGAGGGAGCAGGCGGACCGUCUGGAGAUACGUCAGAACAACCAGAAGGGGGCAGCGUUCAACCUGACAGUGUCUGAAGCCAUGAAGGAGAAGAAGGUUACUCGCUCCUCCCACUUCCAUGGUUCGUACAUCUUCAGGGGCCGUCCCCUCACCCCUCCCAGGGUCCAUAAGCAGCGCGGCUACAUGCAGGAUCUGCGGGCCCAGGCGGAGUGGAGGAAGGGCCAGGUCAGCCAGACUCAGCAGGACCAGGAGCGCAUCCACCUGCUACAACAGGUCCAGCUUGCACAGGAAACCUCCUUGCAUAAGUCCCAGCAGCUCCACCUGAAACAGAAGAACACUAGCUGUUACAAGAAAGCCCUGGAUACACAGGUGGAGUACCAGGGCUCGGGCCUCCCAGCGCGCCUGCCCGACUCGGACGGCCCUGUGUUUGGCCAGCUGGACUGUACCCCUGCUGGGCUGUCAGAGCAGAGGCAGCGGGCGGAGAAGGUCUACCAGGAACAGCUGACCACGGCUAAUAACAAGAGAAAAGAGCUGCUCCUUCACCGCAGCACCAAACAGAAGAACGAGAGAGAGAUGCUCAAUGGGAACAGGAAGGAACUGAUAAACGACCACAUCAAACGCUUUGAGAAGCUGCGUAACCUGCGGGCCUCGUUGGAGGACACCUGGAGACGCAGCGCCGACCUGAAACGCCACCGAGACAGAGAGGAGAAGGAAUUCAUCAGGUCUGGGAGCAGGCUGCUGAUUGACCAGUGUGAGCAGUACCGCCGCUGUUACCAGUGCAAGAGGAAGACAGAGAACUGUGGAGAGACAAACAUCUGGAAAGAGUCUCACUACAUCCCUGGCUCUCGCCUCAUGGUGUAGACCGCUGAAACCUGGUCUCAGAGCAAACGUAUCCAUGCCACUCCAUUUAGUAUGAUAUGUUACUUUACAUUAGAUCACAUUAGAUUGGCUUACCAACGUAAUAGCGGUCGUACAAUAUAAUACGAAUUGUAAGACGUAUUUUACGUCUUGAUCGCACCAGUAUCCUUUGACCCGUUUAGUAUGAUAUAUCACACUCCACUGCUUUAGUAUGAUAUAUCACACUCAACUGCUUUAGUAUGAUAUAUCACACUCAACUGCUUUAGUAUGAUACAGCACACUCCACUGCUUUAGUAUGAUAUAUCACACUCCACUGCUUUAGUAUGAUAUAUCACACUCAAAUGCUUUAGUAUGAUAUAUCACACCCCACUGCUUUAGUAUAAUAUAUCACACUCCACUGCUUUAGUAUGAUAUAUCACACUCCACUGCUUUAGUAUGAUAUAUCACACUCCACUGCUUUAGUAUGAUAUAUCACACUCCACUGCUUUAGUAUGAUAUAUCACACUCCACUGCUUUAGUAUGAUAUAUCACACUCCACUGCUUUAGUAUAAUAUAUCACACUCCACUGCUUUAGUAUGAUACAGCACACUCCACUGCUUUAGUAUGAUAUAUCACACUCCACUGCUUUAGUAUGAUAUAUCACACUCCACUGCUUUAGUAUGAUAUAUCACACUCAACUGCUUUAGUAUGAUAUAUCACACUCAACUGCUUUAGUAUAAUAUAUCACACUCCACUGCUUUAGUAUGAUAUAUCACACUCCACUGCUUUAGUAUGAUAUAUCACACUCAACUGCUUUAGUAUGAUAUGCUACAUUAGUUUAGGAGUUAAGGUUAGGAGUUAGAUUAAAGGGUUAGGGGAAGGGUUAGCUAACAUGCUAAGUAGUUGCAAAAUACCUAAAAAGUAGUAAGUAGCUGCAAAGUUGCUAAUUAGCUAAAAUGCUAAAGUUGUCUGUGAUUACAUUGAAAUGCGUAACCUUUGGCUUGCUAAACGUUUGCUCUGCCUUAAGUAACCUACUGUCAUACCAACGUAACAUAUCAUACUCAUUUGAGUGUCCCUGGAUUUACAUAUGCCAAAAAGGAGAUGUUCUAUUGGAGUGGCACGGAUUUUAGUCAAAUAUAAAAUAUGUUCUGAGACCAGUCUUGUAGAACGCAUGAUGUGUAACCGCAACAGAGCUGGGGUCAAUUCCAUUUCAAUUCCAGUCAAUUCCAUUUCAAUUCCAUUUCAAUUCCAGUCAAUUCCAUUUCAAUUCCAGUCAAUUCCAUUUCAAUUCCAUUUCAAUUCCAAUCAAUUCCAUUUCAAUUCCAGUCAAUUCCAUUUCAAUUCCAUUUCAAUUCCAGUCAAUUCCAUUUCAAUUCCAGUCAAUUCCAUUUCAAUUCCAUUUCAAUUCCAUUCAAUUCCAUUUCAAUUUCAGUCAAUUCCAUUUCAAUUCCAGUCAAUUCCAUUUCAAUUCCAUUUCAAUUCCAGUCAAUUCUAUUUCAAUUCCAGUCAAUUCCAUUUCAAUUCCAUUUCAAUUCCAGUCAAUUCCAUUUCAAUUCCAGUUAAUUCCAUUUCAAUUCCAGUCAAUUCCAUUUCAAUUCCAGUCAAUUCCAUUUCAAUUCCAUUUCACUUCCAGUCAAUUUCGGGAAAGUAAAUCAAAUUCCAAAUGUUCCUCAUUGAAAAGCAUCGAAGAUAAUUGGAGUUGGAAUUUCAGUGUACUUCCUGAAUUGACUGGAUUUUAAAUAGAAUUGACUCCAACCCUGAACAAUCCUCAGAAGACUAGAAAUCUUAGACUUAAUCCUAUAAAUAAACACCCGUCUGUGAAGGAUAAUACUUGAA